CUCCAGCCCUGGCACCUGUCUGAAGUUGCUGAUGGUGGGGGCAUUGGGGUUGUGGAGGAGAGCAAGCAUAAUAAGUUUGCUAAAGGAGAUUUUGUAACUUCCUUCAAUUGGCCCUGGCAGACAGUGGCCAUUCUAGAUGGAGGCUUGCUGCAAAAGCUUGUUCCAGAACUUGUAGAUGGACGCCUUUCCUACUUUCUUGGGGCGGCUGGUAUUAUAGGCCUGACUGCCUUAUUAGGCAUAAGAGAGAAAGGACACGUGACUGCAGGCGCAAACCAGACAAUGGUGGUGAGCGGGGCAGCUGGUGCCUGUGGUUCUUUGGCUGGUCAGAUUGGCCGCCUGGAGGGCUGCGCUAGAGUGGUGGGCAUUGCUGGCACGGAUGAGAAGUGCUCCAUUUUGGUCUCAGAAAUGGGGUUUGAUGCGGCUAUCAAUUACAAGAAGGGGAACGUGGCAGAGGAGCUACGUGAACUCUGCCCGGAUGGUGUGGAUGUUUACUUUGACAACGUUGGGGGAGACAUCAGUAAUGCAGUUAUAAGUCAGGUGAUUAUACCAGCUGUCAGAUGUAUUCUCAUCAUUCUCCAACGUGUUCCUGCCCAGCUUGGACUAAAUUCAUACUGAGACCAGCUUGCAGCGCAGCAGAACAGACUUUCCACUUCCGUGGAUCUGAUCUGGGUGGGCUGAUGUGGGUUCU